UGCGCCUGCAUCUCGCGCUCCCGCGCCUAUCCCGGGAACGUCCGGGCCGCCGUGCGCGAGCGAGGGAGGGAGCGCGCGUGCAGUGGGGCGCGCUCUUGCGUGCGGGCUGCGCGCUCGGUGGCGCGCAUGUGCAUGUUUGCGGGCUGCCGGGCUGCCCCGAGCCGGCGGGGAGCCGGUCCGCUCCAGGUGGUGGGCGGCCGGAGCGAGGGAGCGGACAUGGACUUCGACUCGUACCAGCACUAUUUCUACGACUAUGACUGCGGGGAGGAUUUCUACCGCUCCACGGCGCCCAGCGAGGACAUCUGGAAGAAAUUCGAGCUGGUGCCAUCACCCCCCACAUCGCCGCCCUGGGGCUUGGGUCCUGGCGCCGGGGACCUGGUCCCUGGAAUUGGUUCCCCGGAGCUGUGGCCCGGAGGGGGCGCCGGAGACGAGGUAGAAUCCCGGGGUCACUCGAAAGCUUGGGGCAGGAACUACGCCUCCAUCAUCCGCCGUGACUGCAUGUGGAGCGGCUUCUCCGCCCGGGAACGGCUGGAGAGAGCGGUGAGCGACCGGCUCGCCGCUGGCGCGCCCCGGGGGAACCCGCCCAAGACGGCCGCCGCCCCGGACUGCGCUCCCAGCCUCGAAGCCGGGAACCCGGCGCCCGCUGUCCCCUGUCCGCUGGGCGAGCCCAAGACCCAGACCUGUUCGGGGUCCGAGAGCCCAAGUGACUCGGAGGGUGAAGAAAUUGAUGUUGUGACAGUGGAGAAGAGACAGUCCCUGGGUGUACGGAAGCCGGUCACCAUCACAGUGCGAGCAGACCCUUUGGACCCCUGCAUGAAACACUUCCACAUCUCCAUCCACCAGCAACAGCACAACUAUGCUGCCCGUUUUCCUCCAGAAAGCUGCUCCCAAGGAGGGGCUUCAGAGAGCAGUCCCCAAGAAGAGGCUCUGGAGAGAGACGCUCCGGAGGAAAAGGAAGAUGAGGCAGACGAAGAGAUUGUGAGCCCCCCACCUGUAGAAAGUGAGGCUCCCCAGUCCGGCCACCCCAAACCUGUCAGUUCUGACACUGAGGAUGUGACCAAGAGGAAGAACCACAACUUCCUGGAGCGGAAGAGGCGGAAUGACCUCCGUUCGAGGUUCUUGGCCCUGAGGGACCAGGUACCCACUCUGGCCAGCUGCUCCAAGGCCCCCAAAGUGGUGAUCUUGAGUAAGGCCUUGGAAUACUUGCAAGCUCUGGUGGGGGCCGAGAAGAGGAUGGCUACAGAGAAAAGGCAGCUCCGAUGCCGGCAGCAGCAACUGCAGAAAAGAAUUGCAUACCUCAGUGGCUACUAACUGACCAAAAAGCCUGACUGCUCUCUGUCUUAUAAAGACUUGAGUUUAUUUUUUAAUCUUCCCUCUCCCCUUUAGUAAUUUGCACAUUUUGGUUAUGGUGGGACAGUCUGGACAGCAGAUUCCAGGAUGCAUUACAGCCGGUGCACACACAAUAAGGGCUUGCAUUCUUGGAAACCUUGAAA